UACUACAUAGUACAUACAUACAGGCUACAGCUGCCUACACACACUCCUCACGCUCACCUCACACCAAUCUCCUGCCUCUUCCCCAUUUUUUUAUUCCUUUAUUUUCUCCCCUCGUUGCACUCGCUCUGUCUCACUUGAGUUUCCACCUUUCUUAUUUCAAAUCUCUCUCUCUCUCUCUCUCUCUCUCGAUUUGCAGAAACCCCCCAAUCCAACAACCCAUAAAAUUUGUGCGGUUUUUUUAUCAAUCCUCGACUAAUUAUCAACUAGGAGUGGUAGUACUUAUCAAGUCAUGCCUUCAGGUGCUAAAAAGAGAAAAGCUGCUAAGAAGAAAAAGGUCGUCCAGCAAUCUUCUUCUCUUUCUCAAGGAAGUGAUGACGCACAACAUUAUGAUGACAAAAAGAGUGAUGGUGGUUCUUCGUCGCAGGACCACCAUAGCUCUGAGCACUCAUUUGCCGAGGGAGAUGGUAAAGAGGUUGAGAAAAAAGAAAGUAGUUCAUCUGGUCAGUCGGUUGUUUUAGAAAAGAGUUAUCCAGGAGGAGUUAAUUCUGGAGAGAAUGUGAAGAUGGGCGACAAUAUUGUUCAGAUUGAAUGGGAAUUGAAAUCGGAGGAAGAUUAUGGAAGCAAGGAGGGAAGUAUUGAAUCCAAGGAAGUGCACACUGGGGGUUCAUCCAGUAGCUCUAGCUCGAGCAGUAGUGGUAAUAGUAGUCGAAGCAGUUCAGAUGAUGAGUCUAAUGUUGAGAAGAAGACGGAAGUGGUUGAAACUGGACAGAUGGUUGAUUCUUUAUCCACAGUGGCAAGUCAAGCUGAUACUAAUAUUUCAGCGGGAAAAACCAGUUCUUCAGUAGCUGAAACUGUCCCUGUGGUGACUCCAGGCACGACUUCAUUGACUGAAGAGGUGGUUCAAGUAAAUGGAAGUGCUUCCAGUGGUUAUCCCAUGACUUCUGAUAUGGUUUAUAAAGUGGAAAUUCAACAAAACUCUGAUAAAGGGUUACCCAGCUCUGGUGACGAUACUGGAAUUUCAUCAGUCCUGAUGGAUUCGGAAUCAUGGGAUAAAGAGGAUAACACAGUUUCAACACCAGAGGAAAAUCCAUCUGCUUACCUGGGUGUAAAGGAUUCCGCUACUGAAGACAAAGAUGAAAAACUUGUACUGUCCUUCAACGCUCCUAAUGUCCAUACAAGUAACGGUGGAGAUCACAUUAAAGAAUCUGAGAGUCCUGAAUGUUCUGACAGCCAGCCUCUUGUAGCCUCAGCUCCACAAGUUGUGCAGAAAACGUCCUUCAAGAGUUGCUGUGGAAUCUUUGACUUAUUUACAAGCUCUGACAGAUGAUUUCAGAAACAUUGCAUAGAGGAGCUUGACUGGGCGAUGAAGCAUGUGAAGUAACAAGAAGUGUUUCGUAGCAGUGUGUGUGCUUUGCUCUAGUUGGCUCCAUAUGUUCCUCUCAAGAUAAUCGGCAAGAUCCUGGGACUGUGAGGAACUAGUUAGGUUCUCAGCAACGGUAAUGCUACUCUGGGAGGCAGUUCAAUAGACCUGUAUUAUUAUUUUUCUACCUUUUUAAAAAGUUUUUGUGCUUUCACCUCUUUUUUGUUCAUCUUCUCCAAACUUUAUAUAUGAUUGUGUUGUCUUUUUCAGUAUAA